CCCACCACUUCAUCGCGGCGACGGCGUGCCAGGAGGCGGACUACGGCUGGAUGAUCCGGCACUACUGCCUGAAGCAGUUCCAGCUCAGCAUGGAGGGCAUUGGGCAGCGGCUCUGGUGCCACUGGGAUGAGACCGUGGGCACCUACGGGGAGCUGACGAACUGCACGGCGCUGAUCGCCGAGAGGCUCGACUGCUACUGGCCCAACCGCCUGGUGGACGAGUUCUUCGUGGCCGUCCACAAGCAGUACUUCAGGAACUGCUCCCCCUCCGGCCGGGCACUCCGCGACCCCCCCAACGGCGUCCUCUGCCCCUUCAUCCUGCUGCCCAUCCUCAUCACCCUGCUGAUGACCGCGCUGGUGGUGUGGAGGA